AUGCACAAAUCAAUGCGCUCGACGCGCACUGAGAGCGUAUCGUCUUCGGCAGACCCACGGUCUGAUGUUCCGAUCGACGCUCUUUGCCGCAUACCCUCUGCGUAUGAUUCUCGUGCAUCAAAUCCAGAUGACGGCGCCCGGAACGCACUUCCUCCGCUACAAGUAUGGUGCUACGGUCGCACACGCAUUCCAACACCGCACGGUGAAGUGUUCUGCCAUCUGUACAAAAAUAACCACGACAACAAGGAGCACUUGGCCUUAGUCAUCGACCCCGCACAGAAUCAAUCCUCCGUGCAGCGACGGCAAGAAGAGCAUGUGUUGAGCAAGCCGCGACAUAUCCGCAGCCGUACACUCGAUGCUGUGUGGCAUCCAAACGAGAAGCCCAUGGACCGCAUCACAAGAGGCGCUUACGUCGGCCGCCUCAGCGCGGACCACCAAGUCCAAUCCACGCCCGCUGAUGCCGAGAUUGCCGAUGGAGAUUUCAGCCAGCAGUCGUUUGCCAAGCCACUCGUUCGUAUUCACUCCGAGUGCUACACGGGCGAAACCAUAGGCAGCCGCCGAUGCGACUGCGGCGAACAAUUGGACGAGGCGCUGCGUUUGAUCAGCAAAUCUUCCACACGCACUCCAGAGAACCAACCGACACCGCCGCGUGGUGUGGUUGUAUACAUGCGCCAAGAAGGCCGUGGGAUUGGCUUGCUAGAUAAAUUGAUGGCCUACAAUCUACAAGAUAUGGGCCACGACACCGUCGCUGCGAAUGUCAUGCUCGGCCACCUGCCGGACGCACGCAAGUACGAUAUUGCGAGUGCCAUCUUGCGUGAUUUGGGUAUUAAUGCUUGCCGGUUAUUAACAAAUAAUCCCGACAAGAUGAAGGCGCUGGAAGACGAGCACAUCCACGUCGAGCAGCGCGUACCGAUGGUGCCACGUAUGUGGCAAGUACACAAUCGUAACCUCACGCUGCAUCCGAACCAGGCGCACCGUGCGCGCAAUGUGGUCGGUGCAACUAUGGACCCCAGUUCGGCGCGGUCGAACAGCGCGGCGGUCGAGAUGCAAGACUCGACGGAGUACGACGGAGAAAAAGAAGGGUCCCAGCCCGAAGACUCAGACUGGGACGACGAGACGCUCGAAAACAGUGCUUCGCUUGCCAACAGCCUAUCUUCGUACAUGCUUCGGAACUCGGGCGCUACCCUGAACGGUGCAAGCGUUACCGACGGAACAGAUCUGGAGCGCUACUUGCGCGCCAAAGUUGAAAAAAUGGGACAUAUGAUACAACUUCCGCAAGGAAGUUCGACAGGGCAUUCAUGGGCAGCACCGUAG